AAUGUGUUCAACAUGGUUGUGGAAGUACCUCGAUGGACAAACGCUAAGAUGGAGAUUGCAACAAAGGAUCCCUUAAACCCAAUUAAGCAAGACGUGAAGAAAGGAAAGCUGCGCUACGUAGCUAACGUGUUUCCCCAUAAGGGUUAUAUCUGGAAUUACGGUGCUAUCCCACAGACUUGGGAAGACCCAGGUCACAAAGAUGAAAACACCGGCUGCUGUGGAGAUAACGAUCCAAUUGAUGUGUGUGAAAUUGGAAGCAAGGUCUGCUCUCGAGGAGAAGUCAUCAAAGUGAAGGUGCUGGGCACGCUGGCACUGAUUGAUGAGGGAGAGACAGACUGGAAGAUAAUUGCUAUCAACGUUGAAGACCCUGAAGCAGACAACUAUAACGAUAUCAAUGAUGUCAGAAGGAUGAAACCUGGGUACUUGGAAGCUACGGUGGACUGGUUCAGACGAUACAAAGUACCUGAUGGAAAGCCAGAAAACCAGUUUGCUUUUAAUGGCGAGUUUAAAGACAAGGAUUUUGCUGUGAAUGUCAUCAAAUGUACUCAUGAACACUGGAAAGCUUUAAUAGCAAAGAAAACUGACGGAGGGGAGAUCAACUGCAUAAAUCUGACGGUGUCCAACAGCCCUUUCUGCUGUAGUCAAGAGUGUGCAAAAGCUACUGUGGAUGCAGUAAGUACAAAUCUGAGUGUCCUACCCCCGACAUUGGUGUCAGGCAAAAUGAUACGAUUCGUUUG